AGGUGUCAGCAGACCUAGGCACUCGGCUCCCCCGGGGCCGGCGGCAACUGGCACACCAGCCGAGGGCCUCCCCGGGGAGCCCCGUCUCCCCACCAUGGCCCGAGAGGCAGUCCAGGCCUGUCCCAGGCCUGCUGCGCCCAAGGCCAGGAAGGGCUCCAUGUUCCUAGCUGCUUGUGUCUCCGUGGUCACAGCCCGGCGGCGUGCGCUGGCCCGCCAGGCAGCCCCCCGGAGCCAGAGCCCAUGGCUGCCCAGCCCUUCUCCCUCUGCUACGCAGAGCUCCACACAGGAGAUUGGCGAGGAACUGAUCAACGGGCUCAUCUACUCCAUCUCGCUGCGCAAGGUCCAGCUGCACCAGGGGGCCGGCAAGGGCCAGCGCUGGCUCGGGUGUGAGAACGAGUCGGCCCUGAACCUGUACGAGACGUGCAAGGUGCGCACGGUGAAGGCAGGCACGCUGGAAAAGCUGGUGGAGCACCUGGUGCCCGCCUUCCAGGGCAGCGACCUCUCCUACGUCACCGUCUUCCUGUGCACUUACAGGGCCUUCACCACCACCCAGCAGGUCCUGGACCUGCUGUUCAAGAGGUACGGUAGAUGUGACGCCCUCACGGCCUCCUCUAGAUACGGAUGUGUCCUCCCGUACUCCAGCGAGGACGGCGGCCCCCAGGACCAACUCAGGAAUGCCAUCUCCUCCAUCCUGGGCACCUGGCUGGACCAGUAUUCGGAGGACUUCUGCCAGCCCCCAGACUUUCCCUGCCUCAAGCAACUGGUGGCCUAUGUGCAACUCAACAUGCCCGGCUCAGACUUGGAACGCCGUGCCCACCUGCUCCUGGCCCAGCUGGAGGACCCGGAGCGCGGUGACUCUGAGCCCGAGGGAAGCUGUGGCAUCAUUGGCCCUUCUCCCCCCACAGCUCUGUCGCCAGCUCCAGUGCCCACCCUCAGACCCCCUCCAGAGCCAGCUCCGGUGCCCACACCCAGUCCCGAGCCAGCACCAGCUCCAGACCUGGAUGCAGACCCCGCCCCCGUUCUGGAACUCGAGCCAGCGCCCGAGCUAGCCGCCGAGCUGGAGGAGGUCCUUGCUCAGACCCUGGAGCUGGACGCGGCCUCAGUGCCGGCUCCGUCCCCGGAGCCUGCCUGGCCCUUGCCUGUGGCUGCCGAGGACGGGCUGGGCGAGGAAAGGCCUCACCUCCUGGUCUUCCCGCCCGAGCUGGUGGCCGAGCAGUUCACACUGAUGGACGCGGAGCUGUUCAAGAAGGUGGUACCAUACCACUGCCUGGGCUCCAUCUGGUCACAGCGGGAUAAGAAGGGCAAGGAGCACCUGGCGCCCACCAUCCGUGCCACCGUCGCCCAGUUCAACAGCGUGGCCAACUGCGUCAUCACCACGUGCCUCGGGGACCGGAGUAUGAAGGCGCUGGACAGAGCCCGGGUGGUGGAGCACUGGAUCGAGGUGGCCCGGGAGUGUCGGCUUCUCAAAAACUUCUCGUCUCUCUACGCCAUCCUCUCCGCUCUGCAGAGCAACUCCAUCCACCGGCUCAAGAAGACCUGGGAGGAGGUGUCUCGGGAGAGCUUCCGGGUCUUCCAGAAACUGUCAGAGAUCUUCUCGGAUGACAACAACUACUCCCUGAGCCGAGAGCUGCUCAUCAAGGAGGGCACCUCCAAGUUUGCCACCCUGGAGAUGAACCCCAAGAGAGCCCAGCGGCGGCAGAAGGAGAUGGGUGUCAUCCAGGGCACCGUCCCCUAUCUGGGCACGUUCCUCACUGACUUGGUGAUGCUGGACACGGCCAUGAAGGACUACCUGUAUGGGAGGCUCAUCAACUUCGAGAAGAGGAGAAAGGAGUUUGAAGUGAUUGCUCAGAUCAAGCUGCUGCAGUCGGCCUGCAACAACUACAGCCUGGCACCCGAGGAGCGCUUCCGGGCCUGGUUCCGGGCCACGGUGCGGCUCAGCGAGGCCGAGAGCUACAACCUGUCGUGCGAGCUGGAGCCGCCGUCCGAGUCCGCCAGCAACACCCUCAAGUCCAAGAAGAGCACGGCCAUCGUGAAGCGCUGGAGCGACCGCCAGGCCCCCAGCACGGAGCUCAGCGCCAGCGGCAGCUGUCACUCCAAGUCCUGCGACCAGCUCAGGUGUGGCCCCUACCUCAGCGGCGGGGACCUUGCCGACGCGCUCAGCGUCCACUCGGCGGGCUCGUCCAGCUCCGACGUGGAGGAGAUUAACCUGAGCUUCGUCCCCGAGUCCCCGGACGCCCAGGACAAGAAGUUCUGGGAGUCCGCCUCGCAGUCGUCCCCGGAGACGUCGGGCAUUAGCUCGGCCUCCAGCAGCACGUCCUCGUCGUCGGCCUCCACCACGCCGGUGGCCGCCGCACGGACCCACAAGCGCUCUGUGUCGGGCGCCUGCAGCUACGGUGCCUCGCUGCCGCUCUACAACCAGCAGGUGGGCGACUGCUGCAUCAUCCGCGUCAGCCUGGACGUGGACAACGGCAACAUGUACAAGAGCAUCCUGGUGACCAGCCAAGACAAGGCCCCGACGGUCAUCCGCAAGGCCAUGGACAAGCACAACCUAGACCAGCAUGAGCCGGAGGACUACGAGCUGGUGCAGGUCAUCUCGGACGAGCGCGAGCUGAAGAUCCCCGAGAACGCCAACGUGUUCUACGCCAUGAACUCUACGGCCAACUACGACUUCGUCCUGCGGAAGCGGACCUUCCCCAAGGGCACCAAGGUCAAGCACGGGGCCAGCUCCACACUCCCCCGCAUGAAGCAGAAAGGACUCAAGAUUGCCAAAGGCAUCUUCUAAGGACGUCCGCCCUGGGCCCGGCGGCCGAGCACGGACAGACCAGAGCGGCCCAGGCCCAGCAGGUGCCUUCUGCCUACCCGGCGACCCACCUGGACCCUCUCCCACGGCCGGGAUUGAUGCCUGCUGCCAGGCGGGCUGACCUGGCCUCUGCCGAGGACUACUCACUGCCUUAGGUGCCUUCCGCUCUCGGGAAGCAGAGGACCCCUCCGAGGCACUGCCCGCCGUGCCCUCCACCCCGACACCUUUCCAGGUGCAGGGGCACUGCCCACUUGCACCCACGGGCACUGGCCUGCCCCCUCAUCCCACCACUCUGGCCUUCCUCAGGCUGCACCAAAGAUGCCACCGUCAUGGCCAAGUGAGAGAGAGGAGGGUCGUGUACCCAGCCCUCUCCCGGCAGAGGAGAGAGAGACCCCCACCCAUGGACCACUCUCGUGGACAAUCCCACUGGUGCAAACUCACGUCACUGCAAGUGCCACUCUCACCGCUGUGUCCCGGGCCGGGUGAGAUCUCCCACGCACGACUGGGCUUUGCAGGGGAGGCAGAUGAAGUAUUUGUAUAAAAAGAAAAAAAAAGUUUACCAAUGGGGAGGGGGGGAACAAUAUUUAUUUGAUGUAAAUAGUAAAUGCUAGACUUGAAUAUUAUAUUAAAAUGCUGUUUCUACUCUA